AUGGCUGAAGCAAAUAUGGAUUUCUACGAGUUCGGCUAUCCAGACGAACGCUUUGAAACAGUUUUAAGCGAGAACCUACACUGUGCCAUUUGUUCGUGCGUGUUCAAGGAUCCAGUUAUGUGCAAAAACGAGCAUUGUUUUUGUCGAAGUUGUAUCACCAAGCAUCUUCAAAAUUACCACACUUGCCCUUCUUGUAAUCAAGAUCUAACCGUGGAAUCGCUAGCAGACGCACCGCGUAUUGUGAGAAAUUUAUUGGCCGAACAAAGAAUUCGGUGUGAUUAUCACGAGCGCGGGUGUGAGGAGAUCGUUCAGCUUGGAAACUUGGCAAGUCAUGUCGCUGUGUGUGGUAAGGCUCCAGUUGUGUGCGCGAAUGAAGAAUGUUCAAGCGAGAUCAACAGAGAGGAUCAAUUUCGACACGAGAGCGAGGAAUGUCGAUUUCGUAAAGUGAAAUGUCGAAAUUGUAAAGAGAUGGGUUCCAUGGUGCAAGAAAUUGAAACAAGUUUGGGCGGCCUGUGCGAGCAUGUUGAGAAAUUGAAUACCAAUGUUAACGAACAGUUGACUGAAAUGAAAACCAGUUUGACUGCAGUGGAAAACAGUUUUGUCGGUAUGGAAAACAAGUUUGAGAACAGGCUUGAGGGAAUGGAAAACAAGUUUGAGAACAGGCUUGAGGGAAUGGAAAACAAGUUUGAGAACAGGCUUGGGGAAAUGGAAAACAAGUUUGAGGAAAUGCAAAAGAGGUUUGAGAAAGUGGAAAACCAGUUGUUAAAUGUGGAUGAUCCCAGACUCAGAGACCGACAGCACGAAGCAAUGCAUGACAUGGAAAGUGCUCGAAGUGAUUAA